AUGACUUGCAGGCAUUGCAGCAACUGGUUCAACCAUUGCAAGAAAAGAAUGAAGUUAGAAGUGGAGAUAAUCUGCAAAGAAAUCAUCAAACCCUCUUCUCCAACCCAGACCCAUCUUCGUCAUUACCAAAUCUCUUUUCUCGAUCAAGUUUCUCCCAUGGUCUAUAACCCAAACCCUAUAGUUCUCUUUUACUCUUGCCACGGUACCACUCAAUUCAACACAACCACCAUUUCCCAAAAGCUGAAGAAAUCUUUGUCUGAUGUUUUAACCCAUUUCUACCCGCUUGCCGGGCGAGUCAAUGGCAACAGUACUUUCGUCGACUGUAACGACGAGGGUGUUCCCUAUUUAGAAGCAAGAGUGAAGUGCAAAGUUGUCGACGUUAUUCAUAAACCAGUUCCGGGUGAACUCAACCAUUUGGUUCCAUUUCUACUAUAUGACAUCACCAACAUCACAUUUGGUGUUCAACUUAAUGUUUUUGAUUGCGGUGGAAUCGCAAUCGGAGCUUGCCUUUCUCACCAGAUUGCAGACGGUAUGUCAUUUUUCACGUUCCUCAAUUGUUGGGCUGCCAUUGCUAGGGAGCAAAGUGAGUUGCCAAAUCCACAGUUUAUUUCAGCUAAGCUCUUCCCACCGAAAAAUAUAUCUGGGUUUGAUCCUCGAAGUGGCGUCGUUAUGAAGGAGAACAUCAUCUGCAAGAUGUUCGUGUUUGACGGUUCUGUUGUUGAAAAUCUUAGAGCAAGAUACGCAGCAGCUGCUACCCCAAGCUUUGCAAAUGAUCAGAAACGUCUUACUCGAGUGGAGGCCUUAUCUGCUUUCAUUUGGACUCGUUAUGUGGCUGUGACUAGAAAUCAAUCUGGUCACAGAGAACAUAUGCUCUGA